CUAAGACUGAAACUUGUCGUAACAUGCCAGUACAUGGAGGGUGUAACAUGCCCCUCAGGGAAUCUUAGCUUAUCAAAGACAUCGUAGUUUGGAUGAAUACAGAGAGCUCCCCCCAGUGAUGGCGGAAGGUGGAUCUCUACCGGCAGACCAACUGAACAAAGACAACACUGCCUUGACCUAUCAACUUCUCGAAUGUCCUAUUUGUCUGGAGCAGAUGCAAAGUCCAAAGUCUCUCCCAUGUUUACACUCCUUCUGUGAGGAAUGUCUCAGUACCUACAUCGUCACAGACUUGUCUGGUGAGAUGGCCGCCGUGACGUCCUUCCCCUGUCCUGUAUGUAGGAAGAUCACAUCGCCUGUCAACCACUCUGAGGGUAAAGAGACGUGGGCACAACAGUUUCCGACCGACAGUUUAACUCAGCAUUUUAACAACCACAAAGAAAUGGCGGAUACUCCACUUUAUUGUGGCCCUUGCAAGAAGACAAAAAAUCAGGAAACACCAGCUUUGUUUCUGUGCAAAGCAAUAGGCACCUUAUUUUGCGAACAUUGUAAGACAAAUUUCCAUGAUGUCGUUCACGAAGCAUGUGAGAUUUUAAUUAAUCUUGAGACAAAUUAUGAUGCGACAUGGAAACGGCAUAUGUCAAUAUCAUGUUCCACACACAACGAGAAGAUGGACUGCUAUUGUGAAGAUCAUAAAUUCAUCGGAUGCAACAAAUGCAUUAUCACAGAACACCGACGAUGUAGCAAAGUGAUGACGAUAAAGGAGUAUUGUGAACACCAGAAGAAUAAUUCCAGACUAGAUGACAUGGACAAAUCUCUUGAAAAGGCGGUCAACUGCUUGGAAUCUAUGUUAAAUGCUCUUGACCACCAAGUUGAAUCCUUGCAGCAAUGUCAGGACGGUAGUUUUAACAGUAUUUCAAAUCUCCGACAAAGAAUCAACGCAUAUCUCGAUAAGAAACAGGAGGAGAUAACCCAGGAAAUGAUUUCAAAAGACAAACUUGAAAAAACUAAAGUUGAUUUAUCAAAGCAGAAAUGUAGCCGACUGAGGGCCGCCAUACAGAACACAAGGGAAGCGUCGAGGAUGGCAGUUGGGAUGGAAGGCCACCUGGGGAUGAUACAACUGUUCCAUAGAGGUCAGAUAGAGAUUAGUGCUUGUAAUGAUCUUAUUUACAAUAGCAAGCGUUCGCCUAAAUCAGUCAGCAUGAAACACGACAUCGACUCGAGCCACAUCACAAUCGAUCAGUCCAGUACUCUUACCCUGGGAAGAAUCCUGGUUGAGGAGCAACCCUGUAUCAUACCUGACAGUGUUGAGUACAUACAAAAUGUCGACGUGCUGUCUAAUAGUCGCGCCAAAAAAACAGGACAAAUUAUGCUAACAAUUCCCUCAGAUAAAUACAAAUGUAGAGCUCGAGGAGUUUUGUUGAUGCCUACUGGAAACAUCAUUGUAAGUGAUGAUGGGAACGAGAAACUGAAAUUGUUUUCUGUUGAAGGACAGUAUUUGGACGAGCUGAAAAUCAGUGGAUGGCCACAUGAUGUUUGCUCAGUGGAUGAUGUAACAGUGGCAGUUGCUGUAAGAAAUACUAUAGUCGGCAUACAUGUCGUAAAAGUACGGUCUUUCAAGCUGAUCCUAUCGACCGUAAUAGGAAUGGAUAAAAACACCGAAUGUCGUGGUUUAGCGUUCAUGGGUGGGAACUUCAUGGUGAGCGCAUCGGAAGACAUUUAUAGCGUGACAAUGUACGGUAAGGUAAAGAAAGUUCAGACAUUGUCCUCACAGUGCUGGUAUCUUGCGUCUGAUCUUAAAAAGAAUAAAACAUUUGCCUGUCAGAAUGUAUCUACAGUGGAUGAUAUCGUGGUCACCAGACUGCCCAAUGGUAUCCAAAUAUAUGGUUUAGAUAAGAGGGUAGUCAAGAAUGAGAUGGGAGUAGACGUAGACAGUGAGGGGAAUGUGUACGUCUGUGGUCGAGACUCCAACAAUGUGGUUCAGGUCUCCGCUUAUGGUACCAAUGUCAGAGAACUUCUGACGUCAAAGGAUGGUAUUGACAAACCCAUGGCUAUAUCGGUGUGUGGGAACAAAUUCGUAGUCACCGACGAUUCAUCAAAUGAAAUACAUAUAUACCAGCUAUACUGAUUACGCAGCAUCGCUUCCGUUUGGGAAAAAGAUCUCGCGAACGAGAAGUUUCUGCUGAUUAUAUGGAAGUUCGUAUAUGAAAUUUGAAAGAUAUACAACACUUCGAUUGCCUUUAAACGUUACUGAAUUUAAGUCACCUUAAUUGAAGGUUUUGGCAAAUGCUGGGUCAAGUACCGAGCU